AUGACUAGCCGAGCGAAGGAGGAGGUUCGCAAACAUGGUACGUCGAUACAUUUUUGCUAUUACGAAAUAUUCUCGUUCUCUCUUAUUGUGUAUUUACGUAACUCUUAUUCGCAGUUAAUUCGUGAAUUUGCCCUCGUAGUGUUAUUAUUUCCACCUACACUCCUGGGCAAUGAUUAUCGAUGGUAUCGCGCUGUUGAAUUUUGGAGCAGCGUCGUUUGUUCUAUGGAAAAUUCCAAAACCGUCCAUUUUCAUGGCGUGCUCGAUAAUAAUAAAAGCUCUAUUCUUUUUGAACGAUGCUUCGAGGCUUUUGUACGCAGCAUCGCUCGUAAAUGCUCGACGACAACCGUAUUGAGGACCUAUACAUUUCCCGACUUAGGAAAUACAUCUUUUGUAGAUGAUAACAAUGUAAUUUGCGGGAUCGCAAAGGAGCCGUCGAUGUGGAAAAUUACAUCUAAUAAGCUUCCUUUUCUAAUAACAUCCGCGAGAGUUGAAAGGAUCCAAAAUGACAAAGCCUUUGGGAAGAACACGUGGAACGUGCACGUGAUUCUCGCAAAGAACAUUCAUUCUUUCGAUAAAAUUUCGAAGGAUGGCUCGACGUUCGAAUGGAAUCCGUACGAUCGAUUUAUUAUACUGAUCGUUUGUCAAGAGGAAAUGUUAUAUAAGUCGAGGCUUGAUGACAUUUUAAAGACAUUAUGGUCUAAACAUAAGAUGCAAAGCAUUUUAGUUGCCGAAACGAUCGCUAUCGCAGAUAACACUCGAAUUGAUCAAGCCAUUCGUAUUUACAAUCCGUUCGCCAAAGUCAACGAUUCUGCGUAUGGUCGAGUCGAAAUUAUAAAUGUAAAAACGGUAGGAGAGGCGUCGAGUCUGCUAUCUCACUUAAGCUACUAUCAAACAAAUAAUAUGAAUGGAUACGAAUUAAAAACAGGGGUCUUCUCGAAAGACGAAGAUAUGAGUGACGAGGAGAAAAUGGGACUGAGCAAACGUUACAAUAAUAAUCGUAGUUUCAAAGAAAUUGACCAAAUAAUACUGAAUACGAUAGCUGAACACAUGAAUUUCACAUAUAGACAAAUGCUUCCAAAGGAUAAUAAAUUUUUCGGCUAUCAGUUAUCUAACGGGACGUACGUCGGUGCUAUAGGCGAUGUAAUAUACGGUAGAGCGGACAUCUGCUUCGAAUCCUUUUUCAUAAAGAAAUAUAGUACUGAUCCCGUGGAGGACGUAAACUUCAGUGUAUAUAUGGACUUCGACAGAGUAUGCGUGAUUGUUCCUAAAGCAACCAAGAUACCCAAGGGGCUUCGACUAUAUCACUUUUUUCCGCUCUCAGUUUGGAUCUGUACAAUGUUGUCGCAGAUCUUUGUGUACCUAACGUCGUAUUUACUGCAAAUCUUUACUCCAGGAAGAACGAAAAAGCUAAGUUUCUCUGCAACGAUCUAUCGAUUGUUUUUAUUGAACAUCGGUUGCUCUCAAAAGUGGCCAAACACGAAUGCUGAAAGAAUAUUACUAUCGGGCAUUUUCCUCACUAACAUCACUAUAACUAGUCUCUUCAGUGGUAUUUUAUACAACAGUUUCGCGCAUGAUAUGUAUUAUCCAGAUAUUGAGACUCUUUACGAUUUCGAUGCUUCGGGAUUGCCGAUUUCAUUGGUAUCUCUCGGUCUAGCUGAUAUCUUUGACGAUGAUAACAGUUCGAUACUCAUGCGAAACUUGCAAAGUAAAUUGCGAUAUGGUGAAAACGCCGUACCCAAUGCGGCUUAUUAUCGAAAUGGCUCGGGACUUGCCAAAGAAAAAUAUUUCCCAUACGUUGAUGCGCGACACGUCGAUGAGGAUGGUGGUCCGUUGCUUCAUCUUAUCAAAGAAUGUCCAGGUGCAUUCUUCUUAUCGUAUUUGCUGCCCAAGAAUUCGAUUCUGCAAGAUGGAAUAAACACGUGGAUCGGUCGAAUGAAUCAAGCCGGUUUAACACUGUUGUGGGAGAAACAGACCAUUCAUACUUAUGUUGUUCAAGCGAAGGCUGAUCAAAAGAAAAGGAAAGCUCAAAAGAAAACGAUCGACUUCGUGCCAUUCAAUCUAUCCGAUGUGCAAUCUUCGUUUUAUAUGCUGCUGAUAGGGCUAUCGGUAUCUGCGAUAGUAUUUUUGCAUGAGAAAGGCUGGCUGAGAAGUCGAUUAUUGCGCACCAAGAAAUCAAACUCGGAAUCUACUAUCGGAUGCUAGUCAUGAAACCGUAGAUAGAACCACGCCUAUUUCAUUUCAGUUCUUUCCUUUGCGAGAUUUUUUUUUAAGGAAAUUGCAAAAGUACGCAUAAGCGAAGUAUAAAAAAAGAUAUAAAGAAGAAAUAUUUCUUCUUUCACGCUCUUGUUUUCUUCCGUUUUUUGUUCCAAUUCCCUCGAUUAUAGGCGAAUUAUUGUAGUAAAUCUCAAUGAAUCCAGUAGAGAGAGCAAUCUGAUCUAAUGGCAAUUUUAUCUUUUCAUAUUUAAAUAGAAAAAUAUAACACAAGAUAUAAGAUAUUAUUGUGCUAAUAUUUUAGACUAACACAUCAAUACACGCGAAAUGAAUUCAGUAGGACUUAUUGAUAGGACCCAUAAUUGAUCGAAGAUGAGAAAAAUCGCAAAUAAAAAGAAAUAUAGAUGAAAUUGUAUACUUUUUUCACACAUA